UUGACAUUUUCUCAGAUUAUUUUUGUUUUGUUUGUUUAAUUUUUUUUUGGAACAAAUAAACGUUAACACAUCGAAAUCAACAAAAUCACUAAUUUUAAAGUCUUCCAAAAUAGAUAUAAUGUCCGAUAGUUGUAAGGAAAAAGUAGUUUUACCUCAUCACGAGCAACAAGAGCUGUGUACAACGCGCCUCCCAUAUCGCCAAGGGAGGAAAUUAACCGCUGUAAAGGUAUACACCAUCAACAAUGAAUCUAACCACCUUCUAAUUUUUGGAGUACCAUCGCUAAACCUGCGGCAAGAGGUGAAGUCACUAUUUGCAAGGUUCGGCAAACUUCUACAGUUUAACAUAACUAAUGAUCAUCCAGCAGAGAUUUUCACUGAAACAUACCAUGCUAAAUACGAACGAAUACAGUCCGCACGUGUAGCUAAGCGUAUGGUUGACGCGAAGAACUUUUACGGUGGCUCAUUGCAUGUAUGUUACGCUCCCGAAUUCGAAAGUAUUGAUGAAGCGAGACGGAAGAUAUUUAAAAGACGACAAGAUGUCUUAUUUAGAUUAAGGAAUUUAGAUGCAGAGGUUAUUGAAAAGAAAUCUGAAAACAAAGAAUUUGAUACAGUAAUUGAGAAUAAUGAAGAAAAUAAAAGAACUAUGAAUAUGGGUGAAGAAAAUACGAUAAUUGUAUGUAAAAAGAAAAGAAAAAAUAAUAAGAUGCAACCUGUACCUAUCAUUAAUGAAAUAACUGAAGAGUUUAAUGAAAUUAAUGAGUCUAAUUUUAAUGAUAGAAAUUUUACUAAUAAUAAGCCUAGUUGUAGUAAAGUUAGAAAUGUUAACAAUAAAAACAGUUUUAGUGUUAAUAAACCAAAUUUAACUGAUUUUAAUGACAAAAGUGAUAAAAUUGAUGACCUUUCAAAACUUGUUAAGAUGAAUGAUGUAGAAAUUGUAGAUUUCACUUCUACAGAAAAGGAGGUUCUCACAAACAUAAAUGCAUCAUUAAAUUAUGAUAAGUUUGGUAAUGAAGUUAUUAAAAAAAUUCCUUAUAAACCUUUGAAUAAGAUAAUUUUUAACAUCAAUAAUAAAAAAUAAUAAAAGAUUGUUUAUUGUUUUAUUAGUUGUAGCCUGUGGAUUUUAUUGUAGCUAGUAGUAUUGUAGCCUCUAUAAAUUAUUUUAAUGUCUACGUUAUGGCGCAGCGGUAGCGCGCUUGCGUGUGAUAUCGGUGGUCCCGGGUUCGAAUUCCGGCCAGGGCAUAAUCUGGAAGGAACUUUUAUCUAUACAUAUAAGUAAAGUACUUAAGUAUUAUAUAACAUAGAAUUGUUGAGUUGAAAUAUAUGCAUGAAAACAGUAAUGAGUGUAGAGGAAGCGGGAGAGGUCUGUAAGGAUCGUAGCAAGUGGAAUUCCCUAGUCUCUGCCUACCCCAACGGGAAACAGGCGUGAUGGUAUGUAUGUAUGUAUUGUUGAGUU